AUGCUCUGCUCUGAACGGAUCCUUGGGGACCACUCGAAUCCGAAUCUUAGAGCCUGUGAUCGUGAAGAAACACAUCUGCUACUUCCGCCGUACUGCCACUGCACUCUUUUUCUUCAAGUUCUUGACCACCACCGACCCACAGCUUCGAGAGGAACUCCCCUUUCGUUUUCUCGUCUAUACCUUGUGGCCCUCACUGAGGACGAACUCGACUCCAUUACAGUCCUCAUCGUCCGGUGCCUUUUGCAUGUCCGUAAUGAGCCUUGCCGGUUGGGGACUGCGGUUGUUGCCGGAAUGCAGGCAGAAGUAGUGGCGAUGCCGACAAAAAGUGCCUCGCAUGAUCGCAACACCUCAAUCCUCCUUGUCUGA